CUAUUUCAUAAAAUAAACGAUUUUUAAGGAUAAAAAAUCGGUACAUGUUAAAAUUUCAUUAUUUCUUUUAGAGAAAGAAGAAGAGAAAAAUCGUCCCAGCCUCUGGCUCUUUGGUCUCUCCUUGUCAUGAGUUGGUUUGGCUGGUAAUGAUAUUUUCGCCUCCUUUUUUAAUGGAUGAAUCCUUUUCAGCUCUUUGCUUCUGCUUUUGGCGGAUUUCGCUUUCCUGUGCACAAUGGCUCUCGUGACAUUGCCAAAGCGAAGCAGGACCAGGUUGGAGAAGUUUCUUCCAACUACAGGACUCUAAAAUCUGCCUACUCUAACUCCUUUUCAAGUCAAGACUUGAGAUCAUUAGAUUUUGAGGAGGCUGCAGAGGGAGAGGAAGAGUAUGAGGAUUCAUGUGUGGCAAGAGGUCCCGAGGAUUGUCCGACGAGCUUGGAUUUCGAGGAAGCUUCUUCGAAAGCAAGCACUUCAGACUCAGAUGACAGAGCUUCCACACAUUGGCGUGGUUUCUUUGGAAUACUUAAGAAAGGACCACACAUUAGGUUCCAAACCUUCCCUCCUCUAAAGGGUGUCUCAAAAUUCACAAGAAGAAAGAGCAAAAGAAUUAGAGAGGAAAUGGUCCCACCAUUGAAUCCUCCAACCAAUGCUUCUUCUUUAGAUGCUGAACUUAGCUGCUUCAAGUCUUCAUGGAAGAACUUUUCCCUAUCCGAGCUCCAAGUUGCAACCAACAACUUCAGCCAAGGGAAUUUGAUUGGUGAGGGAGGCUAUGCUGAGGUUUACAAGGGGGAAUUGGAAGAUGGUGAACUCGUUGCGGUUAAACGUUUGACAAGAGGAAGCCAAGAAGAAAUGACAGCAGAUUUCUUGUCUGAGCUUGGGAUUAUAGUUCAUGUUGAUCACCCGAACAUAGCCAAACUUAUUGGAUAUGGGGUUGAAGGUGGAAUGCACCUUGUUCUUGAUUUGUCUCCACAUGGGAGCCUUUCAUCUAUUCUUUAUGGCCCAAGGGAGAAACUUGACUGGGGAGUCAGAUACAAAAUCGUUUUAGGCACAGCUGUAGGCCUUCUUUAUCUCCAUGAGGGUUGCCAAAGGAGAAUUAUUCAUAAAGAUAUAAAGGCUUCUAACAUCUUGCUUUCAGAGGAUUUUGAACCUCAGAUAUCAGAUUUUGGGCUUUCAAAGUGGCUACCUGAUCAAUGGACUCAUCAUAUUGUGUCGAAAUUCGAAGGCACAUUCGGUUACCUUCCUCCUGAAUUCUUCAUGCAUGGUAUAGUAGAUGAAAAAACUGAUGUCUAUGCUUAUGGAGUACUACUCUUAGAACUCAUCACUGGACGCCAAGCUUUAGAUAGCUCACAAAAAAGUCUUGUUAUGUGGGCCAAACCUCUGCUCUCCAAGACAAGUUUCAAAGAGCUUGUUGAUCCGUGCCUUAAUGAAGCCUAUGAUGUCGAGCAAAUGAGCCGCAUAGUCUUGAUUGCUUCGAUGUGCAUUCAUCAAUCUUCUGCCAACAGACCCCAAAUGAGCCAAGUUGUGCAGAUUCUGAAAGGCGAUGAGGACAGUUCGGAGAUUGUAAAACUGCGACAAAAGUCUAAAAUGCGGCGGACAUAUUCAGAAGAGCUUUUUGAUGCAGAAGAGUACAAUUCAACCAAGUAUUUGAGUGAUGUUAAUAAACAUAUGGAGACUGUUUUAGGCUCCUCUAAUGAUGUUUGAAUUGAGUUUUCUUAGUCAAAAAGAUCACUUGGAACCAUGCAAGUUUUUCUGAUUUGGAAGAAGAUCAAGAAAACACACACACAAAAAAAAAAAAAACAAAGAGAAAGAAAUAAGGAAUGAUGCAUAUAAUCAUAAAUUCAGUACUACUGAUCAGAGACUUGUAACAAAAACAUUGCCUAUUAAUUAUGGCCAAAAUUGUAUGGUGCAAAAGUGUUUCAAAA